AGCUUCGCGUCAAGCAAGGAAUUUGAUUAUGACUUCCAUUGCAAGAGAAACCUUGUGGACAACUGCUGUUUAAAACAUACUCACGCAAUAUGUGUGCACGGCGGUUGAUGUUACUGUCAAAGCGAGUAUAGGUUGCUAUUCAAUCUCUGUCGAAAUGAUACGGACACUAAACAGCGCGUCAUUUGCUGCCUUAUUUGCAACGGUGCCAAAGUCCGCGACAUGCAGAACAGCUAGAAUACACAGUGCGUAUGAUGUGGCUGUGGUGGGUGGAGGCAUCGUGGGCCUGGCCUCAGCCAGAGAGCUCAUCCUCAGACACCCCACGCUUAGCUUCAUUCUGCUGGAGAAGGAGAAGGACCUGGCCAUCCACCAAAGCGGCCACAACAGUGGUGUGAUCCACAGUGGGAUUUACUACACCCCCGGGUCUCUGAAGGCCCGUCUCUGUGGCAAAGGGGCCGCUAUGGCCUACGAAUACCUGGACAAGAAAGGACUCCCCUAUAAGAGGUGUGGAAAGCUGAUCGUCGCUGUGGAGCGAGAGGAGAUUCCCAGGCUCAAAGCGCUGUACGAGCGAGGACAGAAGAACAACGUGCGUGACCUAACCAUGAUAGACGCCAAGGGGAUCCGAGAGAGAGAGCCCUACUGCAGGGGUCUGAUGGCCCUGGACUCUCCUUACACUGGCAUCGUGGACUGGAGGCUGGUGUCACUGGCAUAUGGCAAGGACUUCCAGGAGGCAGGAGGGACCGUGGUUACUGAAUAUGAGGCUAGUGACAUGGCCAUGGUGAAGGAAAGCCCCGCUGGUAACACGGACGGAAUGAAAUAUCCCAUCGCUAUCAGAGAUUCAAAGGGUACGGAGGUAAGGUGUCGGUAUGUGCUGACCUGUGGUGGUCUGUACUCUGACCGCCUCGCUCAGAUCUCUGGCUGCAGUCCAGACCCUCGCAUUGUCCCCUUCAGAGGAGAUUACCUGGUCCUGAAGCCUGAGAAACACUACCUGGUCCGGGGCAACAUCUACCCCGUUCCUGACCCUAGGUUCCCCUUCCUGGGGGUCCACUUCACCCCGCGGAUGGACGGCAGUGUUUGGCUGGGUCCCAACGCCGUCCUGGCCUUUAAACGAGAAGGAUACAAGCUGUACGACUUCGAUGCCCGGGACUUUGGAGAUGCACUUUCAUUCAGAGGUCUGCAGAAACUGGUGAUGAAUAACCUAGUGUAUGGUGUUGGAGAGAUGUACAGAGGGGUGUUCAUCGGAGCUCAGGUCAAGAUCUUAAAGAAGUUCAUCCCAGAGCUGUCUCUAAGCGACGUACUCAGGGGUCCAGCAGGGGUGAGGGCCCAGGCUCUGGACCGCGAUGGGAACCUGGUAGAUGACUUUGUGUUUGACGUUGGUGUCGGGGAUGUGGGCAGCAGGGUCCUCCAUGUACGCAACGCUCCCUCGCCCGCCGCCACCUCUUCCCUGGCCAUAGCAGAGAUGGUAGCAGACGAGGUGGAGAGACGUUUCAGACUCUAAAAACUCUAGAGGCACUCUUCGGAUGCUCACCAAAUGGCAUCCUAUUCCCUACUUUUUGAGUUCUGCGCACAACUUUUGACCAGAGCCCACAGGGAAUAGGGUGGUAUUUGGGGCGUACUUACACUUCCCCAGUGGAAGGAAGUAACAACAUUGAACCAUCUGAUCCAGCUGCAGGUCCAUCUAGUGAUUAUAGUGAAGCGGUGAUGAUGCUGAUCUCAGGUCAGUUCUGCAUUUUCCCCAAUGGUUAGUUUGGAGUGGGGCUGAGUGUAUGCUGAUCCUGGAUCUGCGCCAAGGGGAAACUUCACCAGGAAAUUAUCCAUCCAAUCUGUUUACUACUGCUCACUGGUCCAGCAUCUAUCUGCGUCAGCAGAGUGAGGUUACAAAAAUCCGCUAACUUACCAAAAUUCCCAGGUUUUCCAGAAAUCCAGGUUGGAUGUUUCCAGGAUUAUCUGCUUAGUUCCUCCUUAAUUGCAGGAAUAUUCCAACGGGAUUUCUGGAAAACUUGGGAGGUUUGUAAAAGUUACUGGAAUUUGCAACCCGACAGCAGAGUGGUCAGGCCAGAAUGGAGUAGACAGAGCAACAUGUACUCAAUGGAGCAUGUAAAAGUGCAUUUGGAAAAUAUUCAGACUCCUUGAUUUCCCCCCCCCCCCACACACACAUGUUGUUACAGCAUUAUUUUACUCAAUCGACACACAAUACCUUAUUGUGUGGUCUAUAGGAUCCCUUAAGCAAAGGGCCUAGACUAGGGUUGAAUAUUUUCCCAGUAUUUUAAAUGUUCCAUCCCGAGAAUAAAUCACUUUUCUUACCCAGUAUUUCCCAUCAAAACCAUAAUUGUCAUUCAAAAGCAUUAUAAAGCAUAUAAAUAGGGCCAUGUCUGGAUUUGAAUAGAGCUUUGAUAGAAAAGUCAAACCUGGAGCCUCCUGAGUGGCGUAGAGGUCUAAGGUACUGCAUCGCAGUGCUUGAGGCGUCACUACAAACCCUGGUUCGAUCCCAGGCUGUCACAACCGGCCGCAACCAUGAGUCCCAUAGGGCGGCGCACAAUUGGCCCAGCAUCGUCCGGGU